AUGGUUCUCUCGAUGGAAAGAUGGGUUGGAAAAGUGGCUAUUGUUACUGGUGCCAGCUCCGGAAUUGGGGCAGCAAUAGCACAAAGGCUAGUAGAAAACGGAGUAAUUGUUGUUGGACUAGCCAGAAGAAGUGAAGCCAUUGAGAAACUCGCUAGGACCCUUUCUGACAAGAAGGGAAAACUAUACGCUGUCAAAGCCGAUCUAUCCAAGGAAGAAGAUAUCAAGAACGCCUUCAAAUGGACUUCUGAGAAUGUUGGUCCAGUCCACAUUCUGGUGAACAACGCUGGAAUCCGAAACAGAACAAGUUUGAUUGAUGGAGAUUCUGAGAAAUGGAGAGCCACUCUGAACGUCAACGUUAUUGCCCUCUGCAUAGCUACCAGAGAAGCAAUUCGGAUCAUGCGCAAGAAUGAUAUCGAUGGACAUAUCAUCCAUAUCAAUAGUGUGGCUGGUCACAAAGUACCAAAUAUACCAAACCUAGAUGUUUAUUCUGCAAGUAAAUACGCUGUUACGUCUCUCACGGAGACUCUCAGGCAAGAAAUAAAUGCGUUGAAACUGAAGAUUAAAAUCACGAGUAUCAGUCCUGGUGUAGUGGACACUCCUAUAUUUGAUGAGGCGUAUCGCCAGAAGGAGACAAUCAAAGAAACUUUGGCAAAUAGAUCCCUGAGAGCUGAGGAUAUCGCUGAUGGAACACAUUAUGUAUUAUCUACACCUCCACACGUUCAAGUACAUGAGCUGAUGAUCAAACCAAUCAAUGAAUUGGAUUGA